AUGGGUCAUAAAGGAAGUAAAGAUGUUAGCAUAGAAUUAAACGACGAAACCAUUGAUCGUCUGACAAAAAAUACAAAUUAUACACCGGAACAGAUUCGUCAAUGGCAUCAAGCAUUUUUACGUGAUUGUCCCACUGGCAAACUAUCAUCACGACAAUUUACAGAAGUCUAUAAGAAGUUCUAUCCAGAACACGAAGCUGAAAAAUAUAGUGCACAAGUAUUUCGCACAUUCGAUAUGGAUAGCAAUGGUUACAUUGAUUUUAUGGAAUUUUUACUUGCUGUAAACAUUAAUUCUAAUGGUGAUGUGCGAGAUAAACUGGGUCUUGCUUUUGAUCUUUAUGAUAUGAAUUCUAAUGGACAAAUCGACAAGAAAGAGAUGACAAAAGUGAUUACGGCUAUAUACGAACUACUCGGCGAAGAUAAUCGAAAAGGUGAUAAUUCACCAGGAAAUCGCGUGAAGAAAAUCAUGGAACAAUUGGAUAUUAAUGAUGAUAAAAAUAUCUCGCGCGAUGAAUUUGUUGAAGGUUGUCUAAAAGAUGAUGUACUUCGAAAAUUGUUAGCGCCUAAUGUUUAA